GCGGUCUGCAGGUGCUAGUGAGUUGAAGGUGCUGGGGGUGGAUUUUGAAGAAGCUGGUAGGUGCCCUAUGAGGGUGAACGUGGCAGUGGCAGGCCGCGGCUGAGGGGGCGGAUGGUAGGAGCGAAGUUGGGGAGUUAGGACUCAGAUUACCUGGCUCUUGGGGGUGAGGUGCGGGCUAAGGCGCAACUGAGAAGCAGGAGUCGUGAUUUCUCAUCCAGGCUCUGAAUUUGGGCAGUCACUUAACCCCUGUGUGCUUCAGUUUUCUCUGUAAAAUGUGGCAGUAUCUACGGACGGGUUUUUCAGCAUCACAUAAUUAAGUUCUGCAUAAAGCUGACAAGAGCACAAUAAGGAAACCUAUGUCUGAUGAAAGUAUCACAUGAAAUGGAUGAAUUUGGAGGAACGUCUGGACAUGCAAGGAUAAGAUUAUGUAGAAACCAUCAGACUUUGGAUGUAUCUUGGUUAAAUUCUAGCCUACAAGAGACAUUAUUACCAGGAAAACCAUGGCAUAAGGUUUUAGACAAACUUGGAGCUGCUCUUGCUGAUGACGUGAAGCACCAACUAAGAAAUCCUAAACAACGACAAAUGAUUUUCUGUCUUCUUGGCCAGCAUUUUGUUAAAAAAUAUUUUCAUGAGUGUCCUAAUCAACCUAGUCUACUAUCUUCCACAAACAUGAGUGAGAUAGAUCAGAAGAAGUUGGAAGAAGAUACAAGGAUUUGGCUGAAGCAACAGUGCUUAAAAGCUGCAGAACGCAUUAGCUGUCAGUUCAGACUUGAUAAUAAUUCUGAAAGACUGGCUCCCGAAAUGGUGCAUUUUCUUAAUGAUACCUACAACAUAGUAGCAACAGAGAUGGAAUUGUUAUUGGCUACACAUGAGGCAUGGGAAAAGGCAGCAGAUUCACAUAAGGAUCUACCUCCUUCGGAGUGGAAUUCUAAUCCAACAUCAGUAGCUAAAAAAAGACCAAAUUCUGUUGAAAGCAAAGACCUCAGUUUAGCCAUGUAUGGAGGAUCUGUUUUCCAAUUAAAUGAAACAGACAAGAUGCAUAUUGGUCCUGAGAUACCCUCACCUAUUCUAAAUUGCUCAGCAAGUGAUAUACUGGGAGACUCAAUCUGUGCCAUAAUCUCAUUAGAUUAUGAUAGUAUGUUAACUGUGUGUGAAAGGCAAAGUGGAAAAUUACUUCCAAAAACACUUCGACAGUUUAUCUGGACUGAUAAACUUCUAAAAGCGGAUGCAAAAGUUGACAAGUUUGAAAGAAUAACAAUUCUUGAGAGAGAAGCUAGAGUGAAGUUUGGACGAACAGUGGAGCACCGAAUUGCUAAACUGAAAAUUAGAAGUGCCACCCGAUCACCAAUUUCAGGCCUUAUUGAAAAUGCAGUUGUGGAGAAAUAUGAAAAGACACCCUGCAUGCAUUCUUUUGCCACAAAUGAACAAAUGAUUUCAGAGACCAGCAAAACCUUAAAUGUCCUCUAUGUUUUCAAUGGCACGUAUGAACCCUACCUAAUCUAUUGGCUUUUUCCUUUGCAAAUGGCAUUUAAGCAAGUAAUGCCUACAGCUGAACAUCCCUAUGAAUUGGCUAUGUACCUACAUUUCCUACAUCAAAACUUAUUCCCAUCAUGGACAGAAAUCUUUGCAAUGGCUGAGUGGAUGAUGAGCCUUCUGGAGAGAGAGGAUACUGAAUUCUUCACUCAUCUUCAGCAGUGUUUCAGAAAGAAUUUUUCAGUUGACCCAAAAGAUUUUCUGGUGGAGUUGAUAGUUCGAGAAAGAGAGAAAGCUCAAAAACUCUACACCGCCACAGACAGAUCUGAGCAAAACAAACAUCUAACCAAGGAAUUACUGGCAAGCCCAGUCAUUUUCCUCAGAAAGUGGAUGGGUGAAGGCUUUGUGAGUAUACUGGAUUUUCCUGCAGUGUUGUUGAUUUGGGAUCAAUUGUACAUGCAAGAUUGGAAUCAAAAGGUGAUGGAGAAUUUCUGUCUCUCAAUCCUUAUGCUAUUAAAGGAUUCACUAAUGGCUGCCAAUGAUUAUCCAGCUAUAAGAGAGGUGUUUUUGUUCUAUGGUUGUCAUCUAUUUACAGCUGAUAUUCAAAGGGCCUGGAUUCAUCUUCAGCAAGGUGGUUUACCAUCUGACAUCCCUGGGCUUAGCAGGCAGAACCAAAGGCCGCUUGCUGAUCUGUCUCCAAGGCUCAGUUCAAUGGAAGCUGGAAAGGUUUCUCUUGGCUUCCAGAACAUCUUGCCAGUUGAAGUGAAGGAUGUUUUACUGAAGCUAGUUUUACCAGUACCACAGGUUGAGAUAUCACACACUGAAACUUGGUUGAAAGAGUUUGACCCUCUUGCUGUGGAGUUAACAGUUUCAGUAUUUUAUGGCCUUGAAAAACUGUGUUCCAAGACUAGCUCUUUUAAACCCUCUGUUCUACAGAAAACCAAAGGAAAAACAGCAAAAAAAAGUGAAACCACUGAAUUUACUGUUCGGUUCAAUGAAACAUUUGCCUUUGAUUCUCUGGAUCCAUCUGAGUUUAUAAAUAUUGCAGAAGCUAAACCCUAUAUUGUAUUAAAAGUAGUUUACAAGUCUAACGGCAAAGACUCACUGACUCUCGGAUGGCAAAUGGUGGAUGUAUUUCAGCAAGAAAGUACAAAUAUUAGAGCUAUCUGGACACCUAAAGAGUUUUCUACACUUGUUCCACUGCAUCCUGGGAAACUUCCUUAUAACAUUAUGGGUUAUACUUUGAAGCAUGUCUCAAAAGACUUGGCCCAGGGUCAUUCAAAUAUCCAGUUAACUGUUUGUGAUACAUCCAAGGAAAGAAAUAGACAGAGAAACAACCAAAUGAGAAGAAAAAGGCUUCAAGAGUCUGACUUUUUAUAUGUACCUUGGAUUCCAUAUAAUUCCUCUACCAUAUUACCAAGUCCUACAUCAUUAAACUGUCCAUUUGAUCUAUAUAUAGAUGCACUCCAUUAUAUCCCUGAUAAUGCAACAAUAACAAAGGUAACAGGGCAAAUCAAGAAUUCAGGGCUGAAUAGCUUGCUUGAUAUUAUGGCAUUUCCACUUCUUAAUAGUUCAUCUCGAAAUCCAGAAUUCCAGUACCGAAUGGUCUCAAAUGGAGAUGAUCCAAAAGUAAUGGAUAUCAAUACAUGUGUUCUUCUUCAAGUUUAUACAGUGGAUGUAGAUUCUGGAGACCUUGUUAUAAUAGGAAACUCUGUGAUACGUGUGUUUAAUGAUGAUGGGAAGCUAAAUGUCGGAGGAUUUCAAUUAAGACUGAGAGGAGGGAUGCCAACGAAGGAACCAGCAGCUUUUACACCAUCUGCAUUAAAUCAGUAUCCAGUCAUUCCCUGCUGCACUAUACUACUUCGAUUGUUACCACACACUCAGUUUUCAGUGCCUGCACCAAGCUACUCGAUGGGAUAUUACUUCUCAAAUGAUGCUAAGCCCAGUAAUUCAGAGCUAGAGAUUAUAUCCAGCUUUCAAAAGGACAACAGCUUCCCAAAACUUGUACAAGACAUGGGAAUGCAUUUAAUUGACAAAGAACAAAGCAAAGUUACACUUGAUCAUUUGGAAGCCUGGUAUGUGGAAAGAUUGGAUGAAAAAAGACAUUCACGACCAGAACACUUUCCAAAAUAUAUCAAUAUACAUCAUGCAGUCCGCUAUCGGCAAGAAGCAGGCAUCCGGAUAAAGAUCAAGCAAGCCUUUGGACUUAAAGCUGGUGGAUAUUAUGUAAAUGUGUUAGCCAGAGUCCUUAAGGGAGCUGCAAGCAUGCAUUUGCCUGAGUUACCUCAACAAUGGGCAGGAGAAGAAAAAUUUCUAACAAACCAACUUGAUUUUACAAGUCUACAGAGAUCACCACGGUGGACUGAUCCAUCUGUGGUGUUACACCCUUAUCUUGAUCAUCAUAGUGUGCUUUUAAUUCAAAUAUUUGGCCUGAAUGCUAUUUAUGUUCCGGAUCCAAGUGGACAGAGACCAGGAAAAGUAAUAUCUCACCCUGGUCAGAUCCUGGAGCUUAAUACACAAUCACAGUUAGGCUGGACUGCUGUUCCACUCUUUGACAGAGACUAUGUGAGGAGUGGUGUGCACAGUGCUCCGUUGUUUCAGGGUUCUCCAAGUGCAGAAUUUCUCCAGUCUGUAAUCUCUCAGCCAGUGAAGGAUGUUAUGGCUGAAGGUAUAAAGAAAAAGACAUUAAAACUUUUGCCAACUUUUGGCAGUGUUACUCUUGAGUUUUGGGAUGGUCAUUACUUUGAAGAGGAGCAUUAUGAGCUACCUGUUCUAAACAACCUUCUAACUGUUGCCAACACAAAGAAAUUUGUGGACACUCAAGCAAACAAGAGAGGCCAGGAGCUGUCACAGCUAGUUCUGCACAGUAUGGAUAAAAAAAUAAGAAAAUUGGGACGACAUAGCCCUGAAUAUUAUCAACAAGAGUAUUUUUACAAAGAAGCAAUGGGAAACGCUUUUUACAGUCUUGUGGAAACAAUCCUCUUGAAUGCAGGUUAUGGUCAUCUGUGAGCUUACCCAAUAUUCUUCACCUUUGAAGGGAAUCAAAAUGAUCAAAUUCUUAAACUGGAUCAAACAUAUUUUCAAGCUCUACCUAAAACUAAGUAUACAUUAUGUGUAUUUUGCCUCCAUUUUAUAACUUACUGAUUUAAAAAAUAUAUAUAAAUAAUAGAAUUAAGAAUCUUUUGUACAAAAAGCAUUUCUUCCUGCAUGUAUGGGGUAUAAAUUGUAUAUAUCUUUACAUUAAAGUUGUUCCAUUUACUGCUGAUUCAAAAUGUACUUUUGUUGUUUUCCUGAUUAUAAAUGUGAAAGUUCAUUUUCAACAGCGAUUAUACGGACAGCAACAACAGCUGAUUAAAAAGUCUCUUUGUACCUUAUUGUCUUAUCCAUUAGGAAAUCUUAGUAAAAUUAGGUUACCCGGGACAGCAUUGUUGCAGCUCAGCUUCCAUGUCCUGUGGCCUCCUGAAAUAGUUGCAGUAUGAUGCAUUGGUCUUCUAUCAUUUGCAACUCUGUAGGUGUCAAAUAAAGAAUGGCCACCUCUUCACUCCUUUGCCACAUUGCAAACCCCUUAGUGGCUUAAUGAUACUUAAUUAUUCAUCCAUAUAGAGCCAAAUUCUCAGCCCUGCUUGCAUAGCUAUAAGGAUCUUUGUGUGAGGCACAAUCCUUUUCAAGUUCCCCUAGCUGGCUACCAGCUAGAACUGACAGAGCUGUGAGGAUGUUGAGAUGGUGAUGGUGCUGUUCUUGUUCAGAGCCUCACCUGAAAUCUGCCCCAAAAUCUUGAGUUCAGUCUAUGACAGAAGAACUUGCUGAAGUCUGACUUCUCCCUGGAAUAGGGGAGGAGUUGCAUAGCUGUGUAAGCUAUACACCAGGAAUGUGCUUCACUCCUCCAAACCAGACACACUUAGAUGAAAGGAAACCUAUGGUUAUGGGACUGCUAAGGGCUAUAUGCCACAGAUGUUUUGUGCUCAACAAUAAAAAAUAAUUUGAUAACAAUAUCUUGGGAGAGCAUCAGCCUGGAGCCUUGCUUCCUAUAAUCAUUGAAGGGCUGAAGGUAUCCCCUAACUCCCCCUUCCAGCUUAUUGACUCACUUUGUCAGUAGCUUGUGUGUUAUGAGAAGAUAUCAUUCUUUAGAAUCAGAACAGGGAAAGAAACACUGUUUGCACUGAGAGAAUCAUAGAGAUGACAGUUCUUUUUUUUCUAAAGCAUUCAGUGUGUAAUUGCUGAAGACAUUCCAAGCCAUUCUAAUGAAGUGUACUGUCUGCCAGUCUGUGCGCUCUUCCUAGAGAACCAUCUGUUACACCUCAAAUAUCUAAAGGUCUGCCAUCAUUUAUUGCACCAAACAAAUCAAUUUCUUUGUCUGACCUGCAGUAACUUGUGAAUGUGGCCUCCUAGAAGGUAGUUUGUUACCAUGCAAAGCACAGGAUCUUCUGUCUGUUGUUGCUAUAUAAAAAUGUUUUUUCAUGACUCAUCAUAGCAAAUUUCUGAUAUCAGACCUACUGAUUAGAUUUUUAAUUUACUUGGUAACAUAUAUAAAUACUAAAAAAUCCUGAAUGAUUUUUCUCUUCACUCAAUCAUUGUUACAUCAUACGCUUUUUCUUUUGGUAAACCAAACCUUUCUUUGUAAUACUUUGUAGGUCUUGUGUAUAAAGGCAACAUGGCCUUAUUGUAACUUGAUUUACUGUUCCUUUAAUUAGAUUAUUUGUAGCUGAAACAAAGCUUUGUUAGCC